GUUAACAGUUAGCAGCCACGGACCUCAGCGCAGGGCCACCUUCACUCAAAGCGAACCACGCCCCGGGGCAGGGGAGACGAGUUCCCCAAGUGCCCAAACUCCUGCGAUGGAAGGAAGAAUGGACUGUGAAGAGUUCUUUUAGGCUUUCAUGAUUUAAGUUGUCAAAAUGAAGUUCGGGAAGAGCAUCUGCGUGCUUAACGUCGGGGGAACCCGGUACGCCUUCACCCGUGAGGUGAUCAGGGAUUUCCCUCUUCGACGCGUCAGCCGCCUGAUUGCCUGCGCAACCGAGAAAGAGGUCCUCGAACUCUGCGAUGACUACGAUCGGGACCGGAAUGAGUUUUUCUUCGACCGCCACGCUCAGGCUUUCGUGUUUAUUAUGUUGUACGUGCGCUCCGGCAAACUCCGAUUUGUUCCCGGAGUGUGUGAGCUGUCUUUCUACACAGAGAUGCUCUACUGGGGACUGGAGAGCGCGCACUUGGACUCCUGCUGCCAGAAACGCCUGGACGAUAGGAUGUCCGACAUCGGACUGGACACACUCUCUGAGGGGGACAUCGAGGAUGAGCCCCAGAGCACAGGGGAGUCAGUGCAAGAGGCUGAGCUCACAUGUCGCGCUAGGUGGCUCGAGAAAAUGCGCAAGGCUUUUGAGGAGCCCAACUCUUCCCUUGUAGCGCAGCUUUUGGCUUCAGUGUCCGUGAUCUUUGUUAUCGUUUCUAUGAUCAUGCUGUGCGCUAGCACCCUGCCGGAUUGGGAUACAGCCAAGAGAACUACUGUGGAGGAACACAGGAUAGUGGAGGCAGUGUGUAUUGGCUGGUUCACGGCAGAGUGCAUAGUGCGCUUUCUGGUGGCUAAAGACAAGUGGGACUUCCUCCGCAGGCCACUCAACAUCAUCGACGUGAUUGCCAUUACCCCUUACUAUGUCACUAUGGCGAUGGCCCGGGCAGGGAUGCCGGGUGCUGGGCUCGGGGUUGCUGGAGUCAUACUCCGAGUCCUGAGGAUGAUGAGAGUGUUCUGGCUCAUGAAGCUGGCCAGACACUUCCUGGGACUGCAGACUCUAGGGUUGACUCUCAGGCGCUGCUACCGAGAGAUGGUCAUGUUGAUGGUGUUUGUCUGCGUUGCCAUGGCUAUAUACAGUGCCCUGGCCCAGCUACUGGAACACGGCUUGGAUCUCGAGACCCAGAACAGUGAUUAUGCCAGCAUCCCUGCUGCUGCCUGGUGGGUUAUUAUUUCAAUGACAACAGUGGGUUACGGGGAUGUGUACCCGGUAACAAUCGGAGGACGGGUGCUUGGGGGAAUGUGUGUAGUGAGCGGCAUUGUGCUCCUGGCGCUGCCCAUCACAUUCAUCUACCACAGUUUUGUUCAGUGCUACCAUGAACUCAAACUGCGCUCUGCCAGAUAUGCACGCAACCUGUCGGCAGAAAUGCUGCGAUGAACAUGUCCUAUCCUGCCUACCAUCCUGCCGACAAAAAAAAGAAACUCUAAUGACCAGAAGACCAUCAAAUGUUCGAUGUGCCCUUUUUUCCUUCCAGAUUUUAUUUUGUCCAGUCUACAUCCAGGUACAAUAAAUUUCCUAGAAAAACCCUUUAAACAUUCAUAUAUCAAACAGAAAAAAGAAGACUAAGAAAACAUAACAUUUAACAAUUGUGAAAUUCUGCAAUAUCUUCAUGUGUUUCAGUUUAUUUUGUUUUUGAAGUUAUUUUUUAUUUCCCCUAAGCAUCAGGAAAACAAAUUGUCAUUAUAAAAACAACUAUCUGUGAACAUUUAGUCAGUGCAAAAUAUAUAAAUGUCAGUGAAGGACAUUGGUAAAUGGCAUCUUGUUUACCAGUAGAACAACAUCAGUCAACAAGGCUGAUACAGACAGCAAGGCAGAUAUGUUGGAGUAUACCUACCAAAAAAAAAAAGGACAGAAAAUAACAUAAACCAGACAUAUAUUAACUUAAUAGUAAAACAAUAAAUUAAUGUUUGCUUAUGUUUUCAAUAAUUUAUUCUACUCUGAGUUGACAAAACAAGAUAUUUUCAAGUCAGUGAAAAAAUAACACAGAGCUCAUAUUUAAAGGUACUAAGCUUAUUUUAGUCAAACACAAAAUGAAACAUAAAUGCUGUUGUUUUAAUUCCUUAACACUAUUAGAAUAGCUUUGCAUGAAUUAUUGUUCAAUAGGGCCUUGUGCAACCCCUCAGUUCACCCACUGUCUGAAAUAAGCUGUUAUAGCUUUCUCCCUUUAAAGGCACCCUCCCUUUAAUCCAACUUUCUUCUGAUUCGCUGUCCCUUGCAGACAGAAGCUCUGAAAGGCUGAUGGCUGGGGCUUUUGCACUCAUAGACAAAGCUGUGUGCUUGAGAUGAUCAUGUUAAGUAUAUCUGCUGUUUUUGGUAUCUCACAGAUUUAAGUGUGAGCAUCAGAGCAGACUAAAGGCUACUUGUACAUAUACACAUACAUAUCACUAUUUUUUAAACUUUGUUUAAUAUGAGAUUUCACCAGUGCAACAUUAUAUAUGACAGAACAUAAGUAAAAGAAUAAAAUCUAUUUUAAAACAGGUUUAGAUCAAAGCUUCUAAUACAUGAUGUAGAAGUUUAAAAAAGUGUGACUAUAAUCAAAAUAAUGCAUUAAAAACACUACAAAUAAAAAUUAUAUCAUGUAUUUACUAAGUCACAUUAUGUUAGAAAAAGAAAGCGCAGCCAAUUGUAAAUCAUAGUAUGUACCAUUGAGAUGAAGAAGAUCAGGGUUAAAGCACUUCAAUAGGCUGUAAAAAGAAAAAAAAAGUGUGGAACAAUGCAGAGCACCAGCACCAAAGCUUACCUUCACGAAAUGAUCGAUGUGUGGUUGGAAGGUAAGUUCAGAGUCAACCCACACACAUAAAUAUUUCAUUUUUUCCCCCGUUUUCUGAAGAGCUCCAGCAUCAUUAUGGGUUAAAUGCAGCAAAUUAGAUUUAAGUUGAUGUUCUGUCUCAGGCCAAAGAGCAUAAAGCAGGUUUUUAUUGAGCAGUAAUUUGUUAUCUGACAGCCAAGUUUGUAGGUUAUUAAAGUCUGAUCGCAGAGCCUUUUGUAUGUGUAGAAUAGAAGCUUUUGUUUUCAUUGUCUUGAACCAACAUGUUGUGCGACUCUCUUCUUAACUGCACCAUACGUAACAAUAGGAAUACACAGAUAUUUAUUAAUUAAACGCAGACAGGUGCAGUCAAUCCAGAUCUGACAGCGGCUGCUGUUUACUCAUAUUCCCCUGGUUACAACACUGGCAGAGACGGCUGCGUCAAGUGCAACGUGUGUGUAUGUUUGUGUUUGUUUGUCUGGCCAUCAGCCUUUCACUUUGUCUAAGCUUUGCACACAGAUGGUACAAGUUACACAAGAUUGAUGUGUGACCUAGAUGCAUCCUGUUAAACCUGUGAAAUAAAGAGAAGGAGUGAACAGGGGACUGCAAAGUGGGGAUGGAGGAGUUAAACAGAGGGCUUAGUUUGGGGGUCUGUAGGGGGGAGUUAAGCCGAUGAUAAUGAAAUAUGGAGACAGGUCACCGAGGACUGCAAGGUGGCAGACAAUAACACUGAGAUAGAUAUGACAGAGCAGAUGGAGUGUGAAAGUGAGCAUAAAAGAUUCUGGGCAAAAAUGAUGGAAUGUGGUUCAAACCCGAGCACGAAGAAUUCGCUUCUCUGUUUGCCAGUGAAUGUAAGGCAUUUUGUAUUUCUGUGUCUCCAAGGCAACAUCAUCCUCCAGCAUGUCAAUCAUAAUUGUGGUUUGAUUUGUGUGCACGCAAAUAGGCUACAUCCACGCACACCUCCUGGCUGGCACGCAGCUUUUUUGUCCUAGGAUUAUCUGGAAUAUCACAGCAUCAGAGCGAUUAUUUAAAAUUACCAAAAACAAACGUACAGGGGGAAAAAAAUCAAGUGUAGAGGGAAAAAAAAAAAAGAACAAUGGAGGCUGUCAAUGUCAUGGUUCUGACAUUCAUGAUUCAGACAUGUUUGCACGGUUUGCCAAGAUGAUACGAUUUGUUGAAGAGACACAUGAUCCAAACAAACAAGUCAACACCUCUCCCACACAACAGUCUUUCUCUGCAUCUCCUCUCCUCUUCCUCCUGUUGCCAUCAACAAUCCUCUUUUUACACACACGCAUCAAAAUCCUGCUCUUCUUCUUCUUGCAAAGGAAAUUUAAACAAUGUUCACUGUGUCUUUGUACUGAUAGUAGUCUACAUAUGUUAAAUCCUCAUAAUCUGUGCAGCCCUGUAUGUAUUUAAUGUGUACUGUAGACACCUCCGUAUCCUCGUAGCUGCUAUUGAUGUGCUUUUUAAGUAGUUGCACAAUUGAAUUAAACACAAUCAAUAUUUUAUUACCUACCUUCCAAUGCAUUAUUCAUGUAGCAUAGCUUUUUACCAGUGAAGUUUGGCCAGGCCUGAUUGAAACCAUCAAUCAAAACAUUUUCAUCAGUACACUCUGGAGUUGUAAUUAAUGUGAUCAAUGUACGAGCUUUUGUAAUAAAAUUACUCUUU